GUCACCUGUGCGGGAGGCCGAGGGGAGGACUGUCCAGGUGGGCAGGCGCAUGUGGGACUGCUGGAGAUCUGUCCUGCGCACGGGAACUGGACGCGGCCGCCGUUCGUCCCAGAGACAGCGCGAUGAGGCCGAGGAGGAGGAAGGUGACCCUCAGGUCGACGUGCCGGACGUCCUCAGGCUGGUGGGAGACCCGCCGGCAGGGUCACGCUCACGCGCAGAUGAAAUCAUGCACCGGGACAUCAGCCCACUCUGCGCCGCGGACAUCCAGGACCAGCUGAAGAAGCGCUUCGCGUAUCUGUCUGGUGGGCGCGGGCAGGACGGCAGCCCCGUCAUCACCUUCCCGGACUACCCGGCCUUCAGCGACGUCCCCGACAAGGAGUUCCAGAAUGUCAUGACCUACCUCACCAGCAUCCCCAGCUUGCAGGACGCCGGCAUCGGAUUCAUCCUGGUCAUAGACCGAAGGCAGGACAAAUGGACGUCCGUGAAGGCGUCGAUCCUGCGGAUAGCAGCGUCCUUCCCGGCAAACCUCCGGCUUGUGCUGGUUCUGCGGCCCACGGGGUUGCUCCAAAGGACCCUCUCGGACCUGGCGCUCAAAUUCAACAGAGAUGACUUCAACAUGAAGGUGCCGGUCAUAAUGCUGAGCUCAGUACCCGAAUUACACGGUUACAUCGACAAGUCCCAGCUAACCGAGGACCUGGGCGGGACCCUGGAUUACUGCCACACCAGGUGGCUGUGUCACCGCACAGCGAUCGAAGGUUUCGCCCUCAUGGUGAAGCAGACGGCUCAGAUGCUGCAGUCCUUCGGCACCGAGCUGGCUGAGACAGAGCUGCCCAACGACGUGCCGUCCACGAACUCGGUGCUCUGCUCACACACAGAGAAGAAGGACAAAGCGAAGGAGGACAUGAAGCAGGCACUGGAUGAGGGACGGGGCCUUCUGGAGAACAUCAGGGAGCCUCUGGGCAAGUGUGGGGAGCAGAGCCUGAACCAGGACCAGCUAGACAACCAGACCACUGUGCAGAGGCUCCUGGACCAGCUGACCGAGACCGAGGCCGCUUUCGAUGAGUUCUGGGCGAAGCACGAGCAGAAGCUCCGGCAGUGCCUGCAGCUGCGGCAGUUCGAGCAGGAUUUCCGCGAGGUCAAAGCCUCCUUAGACGCACUGGCCCAGAAGAUAGCAACCUUCACCGACGUGGGCAACAGCCGGGCACACGCAGAGCACCUCCUGAAGGACCUCGCCAGCUUCGAGGACAAGUCGAGCGCCUCCGUGGAGCGUGCCCGCGGCCUGUCCCUGGAGGGCGAGCAGCUCAUCGACAGCAAGCACUAUGCCGUGGACUCCAUCCGCCCCAAGUGCCACGAGCUCCAGCACCUGUGUGAGCAGUUCGUGGCCGAGGUGGGGCGGCGGAGGGAGUUACUCAGCAAGUCCUUGGAGCUGCACCACCUCCUGGAAGCGUCCAUGAAAUGGUGCGACCAGGGCAUCUACCUGCUGGCCUCGCAGCCGGUGGACAAGUGCCAGUCCCAGGAUGGCGCCGAGGCGGCCCUGCAGGAAAUCGAGAAAUUUCUGGAGACUGGCGCAGAGAAUAAGAUCCAGGAGCUCAGUAAAAUUUACCAGGACUACGAAUCCAUCCUCACGAAAGACCUGAUGGAGCACGUGCAGAAGGUCUUCCAGAAGCAAGAGGGCAUGGAGGAGAUGUUCCACCGGAGACAGGCCAGCCUGAAGAAGCUGGCGGCCAAGCAGAUGCGGCCCGUGCAGCCCGUGGCCCCCCGGCCAGAGGCGCUCACGAAAUCACCCUGCCCCUCUCCAGGCAGCCGGAGGGGCUCGGAGAACAGUUCCGAGGGCAGCGGGCUCCGGAGGGGGCCCUACAGGAGGGCCAAGAGCGAGAUGAGCGAGAGCCGGCCAGGCCGCAGCAGCCCGCCGGGGGAUGAGGAGGAGAGCCUGGCCAUCCUGCGGAGGCAUGUGAUGAACGAGCUCUUGGAUACAGAACGGGUCUACGUGGAGGAGCUGCUCUGUGUCCUGGAGGGCUACGCCGCGGAACUCGAUAACCCCCUCAUGGCGCACCUCGUGUCACGGGGUCUCCAGAACAAGAAGGACGUUCUGUUUGGAAACAUGGAGGAGAUCUACCACUUUCAUAACAGGAUAUUCCUCAGGGAGCUGGAGAGCUACACGGACUGCCCGGAGCUGGUUGGGAGGUGCUUCCUGGAACGGAUGGAGGAGUUCCAGAUCUACGAGAAGUAUUGCCAGAACAAGCCGCGCUCCGAGAGCCUGUGGAGACAGUGCUCCGACAGCCCCUUCUUCCAGGAAUGCCAGCGGAAGCUGGACCACAAGCUCAGUCUGGACUCCUACUUGCUGAAGCCGGUCCAGAGAAUCACCAAGUACCAGCUGCUGCUCAAGGAGAUGCUGAAAUACAGCAGGAGCUGCGCGGGGGCCGAGCACUUGCAGGAGGCCCUGAGCUCCAUCCUGGGCAUCCUCAAAGCCGUCAACGACUCCAUGCACCUGAUCGCCAUCACUGGCUAUGACGGGAACCUGAGCGAGUUGGGGAAGCUGCUGAUGCAGGGCUCCUUCAGCGUCUGGACAGACCACAAGAAGGGCCACUCCAAGGUGAAGGACCUGGCCAGGUUCAAACCCAUGCAGCGGCACCUCUUCCUGCACGAGAAGGCGGUGCUGUUCUGCAAGAAGAGGGAUGAGAACGGCGAGGGCUACGAGAAGGCCCCUUCCUACAGCUACAAGCAGUCCCUGAACAUGGCGGCCGUCGGCAUCACGGAGAACGUGAAGGGCGACGUGAGGAAGUUCGAGAUCUGGUACAACGCCAGGGAGGAGGUGUACAUCGUACAGGCACCGACCCCCGAAGUCAAGGCUGCGUGGGUGAGCGAGAUCCGCAAGGUGCUGACCAGCCAGCUGCAGGCCUGCAGAGAAGCCAGCCAGCACCGUGCGCUGGAGCAGUCCCAGAGCCUGCCUCUGCCCGUGCCACCCGGCACCAGUCCUUCGAAAGGAACCACGAGAAACAUCAAGAAGUUGGAGGAAAGGAAGACCGAUCCCCUGAGCCUGGAAGGCUACGUGAGCCCCACGCCACUGCUGAAACCGCCAGAGAAGGGCCGAGAUGACUCGGUGCCCAGCUCCACCUCUGAAAGCUCCGCGCUUUCCAGAAAGCGCUUUACCCUGCAGGGCUUUCCUAACCUCAAGGGUCAGAAAGCGUCUCCUACCAGCCCCGACAAAAAAGCUAAGCGACACGAAGUGAAGAGCGACCCCACGCCUUUUGGUGUACGAGGUUGGACCAAAACCUCUCAGCCCUCGGAAGCCCCUGAGGACGACGGCUGGUCCAGUGCUGAAGAGCUCAUUAAUUCCUCAGACGCAGAGGAGGAAGGCAGAGUGGCGCCCAGGAAGCUGGUCCCAGGAAAGUACACGGUCGUGCUGGGCGACGAAAAGGGAAGCCCUGACGCGUUUGCCGUGAGAAGUGGGGACGUGGUGGAGGUGGUACAGGAGGGUGACGAGGGCCUUUGGUAUGUCAGGAACCUGACCUCCAGCAAGGAAAGCUGGGUGCCGGCCAGCAGCCUGGCCUCGCUCCUCUGCACAUCCGGCUCAGCUCAGUGCCUGAGCAGCUCAGAGUCCAGUGCGGGGUCCACCCUGCUGAGUGCCUCCUCCAGCUGCGGCGAGAGCUGUGGGGCCCCCCUCUCAGAGCUCCAGGGGUAGCGCCGGGCCGUGCAGGACAGCCGCCUGCGAGCCUCUAAGUUCUCCUUUGCUUGGGCUUGCUUAGUUUGGUGAGGGCACGGUGCUCUAAGACCCUGGGGAAUGAGGACCCUGCCAAGACCCCACCGAGGAGCCGCCCGCUGCCCAUGGAGCUCCGAGGUGCAGAUGCAGGGGCUGCAGAGAGAAGGUUCUGGAAGUCUGCCCUCCGGCCUCCACACCGGGACCAGCCCCGCAGACGGUGCAGAAGCCAGGUGCAUGGGAAGACCAAAGUGCACCGAGCUUUCCGGGAAAACCAGGACGGACGGAGGGUGCCGGGCCGCUGCCAGGAGCCGGUCCUGGCCGCUCAGUGUGUCCCGGCAUUGCUGGUCCGGUGCCUCCUGCAGGAGCAAGUGUGUUGUGGGAGAGGCGAGUCCACUGACCCAGCAGCUUGGUGGGGUGACUGUUUUGUCUUUUACAAGUUUUUUUUAAAGCAGGGAUUAAUUCCAUGGCCAUUUUUUGUGGUACUCUGGCCGCUAAUCUUUACCAAGAAUCACUGUGUUUACAUGAAAUGACAAUUUGAUACUGUAUUUGAUAUAAAAGUAUUUUCUGUUACCGGGGAUUACA